UGCCUCUUGGCUGGACCUGCGUAAAAAUUAUAAAAGGCUGUUUGGCUUGGAGCCGCCCGGAGGAUCCCGGCCGAGCCUGCCAUGGGGAGCAGCGGCGCCGGGGUAGCUUUGCUGACGUUGUUGCUGCUCCUGCAGCCCACGUCCCAGUUCUGGCUCUUCAACGUCCUCUUUCCACCGACCACCACCCCCGAGGCUCCCCCGACAAACAGCACGCCGCCCGUGGUGCUUGUGCCCGGGUGUCUUGGGAACCAGCUGGAAGCAAAGCUGGACAAGCCAGAUGUGGUGAACUGGAUGUGCUACCGCAAAACAGAGGAUUAUUUCACCAUCUGGCUCAACCUCAAUACCUUCCUGCCAGUGGGAGUUGACUGCUGGAUUGAUAACACCAGGGUGGUGUACAACCGAACCUCUCGGAAAAUGUCCAAUGCCCCAGGGGUUCACAUCCGUGUUCCUGGCUUUGGCAAGACCUAUUCUGUGGAAUACCUGGAUCAGAGCAAGCUGGCAGGCUACCUGCACACCAUGGUGCAGAACCUGGUGAACAACGGCUACGUGAGGGACCAGACGGUUCGGGCAGCGCCCUACGACUGGAGGGUUGGACCCCAGGAGCAGCCUGAAUACUUCCAGAACCUGAAGGCGCUGAUUGAAGAGAUGCAUGAUGCAUACCAGAGACCCGUCUUCCUCAUCGCACACAGCAUGGGCAACCUGCACGUCCUCUACUUCCUGCUGCAGCAGACACAAGCCUGGAAAGAUCAGUACAUUGGGGGCUUCAUUUCCCUGGGUGCCCCCUGGGGAGGCUCCGUCAAGCCCCUGCGUAUCCUGGCGUCCGGUGACGAACAGGGCAUCCCACUCAUGUCCAACAUCAAGCUCCGUGAGGAGCAGCGCAUGACCACCACCAGCCCCUGGAUGUUCCCCACGACCCUGGCCUGGCCCGAGAGCCAUGUUUUCAUCUCCACGCCCUCCUACAACUACACCUACCGCGAUUACCAGCGCUUCUUCACCGACGUCAACCUGGAGGAUGGCUGGUACAUGUGGGAGGACAUGAAGGACUUGCUGAAGGAUUUGCCCCCUCCUGGGGUGGACACGUAUUGCCUCUAUGGCACGGGCUUCCCCACUGCAGAGACUUACAUCUAUGACGAGCGUUUCCCUUACGAGGACCCUGUGGACAUCAUUUAUGGCGAUGGGGACGACAGCGUCAACACGCGCAGCUUGGAGCUGUGCAAGCGAUGGCGAGACCAGCAAAAGCAGAAGGUGUAUGUCCAGGAGCUGCGAGGUGCCCACCACUUCAACAUGGUCUUCAGCAACCGGACACUCAGUUAUAUCAACGAAAUCCUGCUGGGGAGCAAAGAGGAGCAGGGGGAGCCAGGGCAGGCGAGACCCAGCCCAGAGACUGGGAAGUUGGGGAAGAUCCUGCGUGAACACAAGGUCCUUAAGGAGCCUAAAAAGAACUGAAAGGAUGGAGGGUCAGCUUCCCUCCAUGAUGGUAGGCACCACAAACUGCCGUGCAGGGGAGCAAAGGACUUGGAGAUGAGUUUGGAAGGAAAGUGAGCAAGACCAACAGCUCGGGUGGAUGGGCUGGCACCCAGUUCCACACUGAUUGGUUCUUCUUUCAGGAAUGGUGAUUCAUUUUACUUCAGAGGCUUGUCACUUCCCACUAGCAGGCGGAUAAUUAACCAUGCUGCCAGCUCAUUAACAUCACACUCGUGAAUUACAGCAUACGCACAAGCCCUCAUUGCUAGCAGGCCAUUUUUAGGCACUUUAGAGGCUGUGGACCUGUGGUGCUGUAGCUUCUGCUCACUUGGGACAGAACAACUCACAUAACAAGAGCAGGCUGUGACUUACUAGGUGGUCACAGAGGUAGCAUGGGGGUGGCACAGUAGGUAUGGCUUACAGAGCAGUGAGCUAAGCUCCUUCGACAAGACCAACUCAAAAUCAGCAGAUUUACAAUAUAAUAAACACACUUUGCUUCUGCAUGCUGAGCCUGCCUUGUCUUUCAGAGCUGGGUGGUGAAGCCAUCCCUAACCAAAAAGUGAGGUACUUGCUGCCUGCAGGCACUCCAGGAGUCGGGGCUUUGGGAAAGAUCACAAGGCCGAUGAUGCAGCUGGGGUUAGUGAUACGAUCGGGGCUAGCAACAUGGUGCGGGUGACAAUGUGGUUGGGGUUGGUGACAUAACCAGGGUUGGUGGUGCUACUGAAGCAUGAUGCAACUGGUGCUGGCAGAGCGACUGGGAUGGAAAUAUAAGUGGCCUUGGAAAUGCAACUGGGACUCGUGACGCAACUGGGGGAUGGCGAUGCAGCUGGGGUUGGUGACACAGUUAGGGGUGGCGAUGCAGCCAAGGAUGGAGAUGCAAACAGGGUGGCGAUGCAGCCAGGAGUAGCAAAACAAAUGUGGUGACACAGCUGGGGUUGGCCAUGCAACCGAGGCAGCAAUGCAGCUGUGACAAGCGGGGACAAGCUAUGCAAC